GUCGGUGCAGAGUCACCUGAUCUGAGUAACAUGGCCGCUGCCCCUUGAUCCCGGCAGGUGCUGCCCGGGAGCGGGUCUCGUGAGCUGUUUGGCGGCCAGGGGCAGGUGUACGGAGAUUGGGUCCAGGCCCGGGUUCCGAGGCGGCGCGCGGCGGCGGAGCGAGACAGGCGGCCCGGGGCGGCGUGGUCCAUGAGCCGGCGCCGGAGGCAGCGCGGAGCCGCAGACUCCCCUAGCCCCGGCGCGGCCCGGGCUGCCGCGGGCUGAGGAGUCGCGGGGCUCCGGGGAUCGCCCCGAGCUGCCACCAUGAACCCCGAGAAGGAUUUCGCGCCGCUCACGCCCAACAUCGUGCGCGCCCUCAAUGACAAGCUCUACGAAAAGCGGAAGGUGGCAGCACUAGAGAUCGAGAAGCUGGUCCGGGAGUUCGUGGCCCAGAACAACACCGUGCAGAUCAAGCAUGUGAUCCAGACACUGUCUCAGGAGUUUGCCCUGUCCCAGCACCCGCACAGCCGGAAAGGGGGCCUCAUCGGCCUGGCCGCCUGCUCCAUCGCGCUGGGCAAGGACUCGGGGCUCUACCUGAAGGAGUUGAUCGAGCCGGUGCUGACGUGCUUCAAUGACGCUGACAGCAGACUGCGCUACUACGCGUGUGAGGCCCUCUACAACAUCGUCAAGGUGGCCCGAGGCGCUGUGCUGCCCCACUUCAACGUGCUCUUUGACGGGCUGAGCAAGUUGGCUGCUGACCCAGACCCCAAUGUGAAGAGCGGCUCUGAGCUCCUAGACCGCCUCUUAAAGCCCGGGCCAGGGAUUCAGCCAGCCCCGCCCCCAGCAGGCAGCUCUCAUGCCUUUGACCCACAGGACAUCGUGACGGAGAGCAACAAGUUCGACCUGGUGGGCUUCAUCCCCUUGUUGCGGGAGAGGAUUUAUUCCAACAACCAGUACGCCCGGCAGUUCAUCAUCUCCUGGAUCCUGGUUCUGGAGUCCGUGCCAGACAUUAACCUGCUGGAUUAUUUGCCGGAGAUCCUGGAUGGACUCUUCCAGAUCCUGGGCGACAACGGCAAAGAGAUUCGGAAAAUGUGUGAGGUGGUCCUUGGAGAAUUCUUGAAGGAAAUUAAAAAGAACCCCUCCAGUGUUAAGUUUGCUGAGAUGGCCAACAUCCUGGUGAUCCACUGCCAGACCACGGACGACCUGAUCCAGCUGACAGCCAUGUGCUGGAUGCGGGAGUUCAUCCAGCUGGCCGGCCGGGUGAUGCUGCCCUACUCUUCUGGGAUCCUGACCGCUGUCUUGCCCUGCCUGGCCUAUGAUGACCGCAAGAAGAGCAUCAAGGAGGUGGCCAACGUGUGCAACCAGAGCCUGAUGAAGCUGGUCACCCCCGAGGACGACGAGCCCGACGAGCCAAAGCCAGUGGUUCAGAAGCAGGCAGAGCCCAACCCUGAUGACUCCUUGGCAAAGCAGGAGGGAACAGCCAGUGGAGGGCCCGAUGGUUCUUGUGACUCCACCUUCAGUAGCGGCAUCGGUGUCUUCACUCCAGCCGGCACUGAGAGGGCCCCGGUCACCCUCCACCUCGACGGGAUUGUGCAGGUGCUGAACUGCCACCUCAGCGACAUGGCUAUCGGGAUGAUGACCAGGAUCGCUGUCCUCAAGUGGCUCUACCACCUCUACAUCAAGACCCCCCGGAAGAUGUUCCGGCACACAGACAGCCUCUUCCCUAUCCUACUCCAGACGCUAUCAGAUGAAUCCGACGAGGUUAUUCUGAAGGAUCUGGAGGUAUUGGCAGAAAUUGCUUCCUCCCCCGCAGGCCAGAUGGAUGACCCAGGCCCCCUCGAUGGCCCUGACCUCCGGGUCAGCCACUCAGAGCUCCAGGUGCCCACCCCUGGCAGAGCUGGCCUACUGAAGACUCCUGGUACCAAAGGCUUGGAGUGUUCUCCUUCGACUCCGACCAUGAACUCCUACUUUUACAAGUUCAUGAUCAACCUUCUCAAGAGGUUCAGCAGUGAACGGAAGCUUCUGGAGGUCAGAGGCGGCUUCAUCAUCAGGCAGCUCUGCCUCCUGCUGAACGCGGAGAACAUCUUCCACUCGAUGGCGGACAUCCUGCUCCGGGAGGAGGACCUCAAGUUCGCCUCGACCAUGGUCCACACCCUCAACACCAUCCUGCUUACCUCCACUGAGCUCUUCCAGCUGCGAAACCAGCUCAAGGACCUGAAGACCCCGGAGAGCCAGAACCUGUUCUGCUGCCUAUACCGCUCCUGGUGCCACAACCCAGUCACCACGGUGUCCCUCUGCUUCCUCACCCAGAACUACCGGCAUGCCUACGACCUCAUCCAGAAGUUCGGGGACCUGGAGGUCACUGUGGAUUUCCUCACGGAGGUAGACAAGCUGGUGCAGCUGAUCGAGUGCCCCAUCUUCACAUAUCUGCGCCUGCAGCUGCUGGAUGUGAAGAACAACCCGUACCUGAUCAAGGCCCUGUACGGCCUGCUCAUGCUGCUGCCCCAGGGCAGCGCCUUCCAGCUGCUCUCCCACCGGCUCCAGUGCGUGCCCAACCCCGAGCUGCUGCAGACAGGAGACGGUCUGAAGGCAGCCCCCAAGUCACAGAAAGCAGACUCCCCGAGCAUCGACUACGCCGAGCUGCUGCAGCACUUUGAAAGGGUCCAGAAGAAGCACCUGGAAGUGAGGCACCAGCGGAGUGGGCGUGGGGAUCACCUGGACCGGAGGGUUGUCCUCUGAUAGGCCUGGCCUGGAGAAGGGCCCAAGCAGUGGUCCCAUGGAGCACUUGGGGUCUUCAGGCCCCCUCCCCACAGACCCGAGGACCUGCCUCAGGGGCAGGGCUGGGCCUGGCCACCAGCGCAGGGCAGGGUUGGGGGCUGGAAGCUCUGUCCACCCAAGCUCCUCUCACAGGCCCUCCAGCGCGGUCAGCUGCACUCUGGCAUUCAGACGGAGCUGGCUUCCCGCCAGGGUGAGGCCGCAGCCUCAGACGCCCCCAUUUUCUGGAAUCGGGUUCUUUCUAAUGCCCUCUUGUAAAAGAGCUUGACCUCCCCAGCGCACCAGAGCUCUGGCCUCGUGCGGAUGUGUGUGUACAUAUGUGUAUACACAUCUGUGCACACAGGGACCAGCACAGAGGUCCAUAUGAAUGGUGCACCCUCUGCCCCAAUAAAGAAACGCAACCCGU